AUGGUGCUGGCCUACCCUGCCAAGGUAAUCGGAAUAAUGGAUGGCGACAUCAUCAAGGUGCUGACCAAUAAGCACGAGCAAGUCAAAAUUCGUAUCGCCGCCAUUGACGCCCCGGAAAAAGCGCAGCCUUUCGGUAACCGGUCAAAGCAAGCCAUGAGCGAUUUGUGUUUUGGGGUGACGGCAGAAAUCUCCCCAGUGACGCUUGACCGCUAUGGCCGCACAGUCGCGGAUGUAACUUGCCAAGGUAAGGAUACGGGCAAGGAAAUGGUGCGCAUGGGCAUGGCCUGGGUAUACGACAAAUAUGCGAAAGGCCAUGCAGACCUUUAUCCUCUCCAGGACGCAGCCAAACGAGUCAAAUUGGGCCGAUCCUGA